AUGGCUGUUCACUCAAAGAAUAAAGCUUUGAUAUGCAAAGUAUUCCCUUCUAGCUUAGGGCCUGUCGUGAUGAGAUGGUUUGAUAGGCUGGACGAAGGCUCAAUUAGCUCUUUUCAGGAGCUCACCAGGGCUUUCAGGGCCCAAUUUGUUACAUGUAGCAAGGUUCCUUGUCCCCUAGAUUCCCUGCUGUUUAUGGUGAUGAGAGAGGGUGAGACCCUAAAAACUUACUCGGAUAGAUAUUUGGAGAUGUUUAAUGAGAUAGAUGGAGAUUUUGAAGAUGUGGUAAUAAGGACGUUUAAGGUCGUCCUGCCUAUUAAGCAUGACUUGAGGAAGUCCUUGACAAAGAAGCCAGUGCGAAGCAUGCGUCAACUUAUAGAUCGGAUUGACAAACACAAACAGGUGGUUAACAUAGUAUUCAAGGAGCCUGUGCUUCAGAUCCUUGAGAAGAUAAAUGUUGAACCAUACUUCAAGUGGACAAAUAAAAUGGAAGGUGGCCCCAUGAAGCGUAAUCAAGGUCUUUAUUGCCAAUAUCAUCAAGACCGUGAACACACUAUAGAAGAUUAUAGAACUUUACGUGACUAUCUGGAGCAGCUGGUCAAGAUUGGGAAGUUGAGACAAAUUUUGCACCAGCCUUUUGGACAAGGGAAUCAGGCUGGGUCAGCACAUUAA